GUGCAAGGACUGCGGGAAGCUGCACUUGGCUGGCGGCACGUGCCCACGCAAGGGCUCCAAGCCGGCCAAGCGCUUCGUGUGCGGCGCGCACCAGGACGUGCUAAAGAACAAGCACUGCCCCAAGACCGGGUCGGGGACGCGCUCGGGCCCCAGCGGCCGGGGGGGCUGCCACCCGAAGGGCGAGGGCAACUGGGAGUGCCGCGCGCCGCCGGCCCCCAAGGCCGAGUCGGGCAGCAAGAGCGGCAAGUACAGCAAGGACGGCUGUGCCAUGCGCAAGCCCGGCUUCACCACCUCCUACUGCGCCGCCAACAAGGUCAAGAACAACGCGCAAGUACUGCACGAAUAGAUUAACAAGAAAGG